CUUACUCACAAACACAAAACCCAUCUCUCUCAAAACAAUCAGAUUCUCUAAAAAUUAUAAUUCUAUCUUCCUCUCUAAUGGCGUCACCCAAAUCCUCAACAAGACCAAAUCAAGAAGAUCAAGAACCAACCAAGUUCCAAGAUUUCUUCCCAACAAUGGCUGGUAAACUCGGUGGAGAAGGUCUAAUAGAAGAGCUUUGCAAAGGGUUCGAGCUUCUUGUGGAUAAAGACAAAGGAGUCAUCACGUUCGAGAGCUUACGAAGAAACGCAUCCACGGUUCUUGGACUAGGAGAUCUAACGGACGAAGAUGUUCGAUGUAUGAUCGACGAAGGAGAUUUCGAUAGAGACGGUGCUUUGAAUCAGAUGGAGUUUUGUGUGCUUAUGUUUAGACUUAGUCCUGAGUUGAUGGAAGCGUCACGGUGUGUUGUGACGGAGGUGAUUGAGCAAGAGUUUUCCGAUUAUAGUCACCGGCAUUGAUAGAGAGAACCUUCUUUCUCUGACAGAGUGUUUUACUGAUUUUUUUUAAAAAGAAAGAAAGACAAUUUAAUAAUGAAUUAUGUUAUUUUUAUUCUCUUUUUGAUUUUCCAUUUUCCAUUAUUGUUGCGGUUCAUAGAAACUGAUAUGGAAGAAACAAAAUAGCAAAGGAUAAUCUUAACUGAUUUCAA